GCUACAUCAACAGGUACAGUAUUGCCUCCUACACAUGUACAAAAGGUUGAACAUCAUCAGAAGAACCAUGUCUAGCACUACGUCCACUGGCAAAAUGCUCAAUCCUCGCGACUUUCCUCGCCCACCACUCUGCGAACGAACACCUCGCCAUCUCGAGAUCAAGUGGAAUGGACAGACCAUAGCAGACACAAAAGAUGCAUACUGGGUCCUGGAAACAUAUCAUCCACCAACUUACUAUUUGCCGCCAUCAUCUCUCAAAGUCCAGCUCAGCAAGAACAGUCGUAGCUCGUACUGCGAAUGGAAAGGCACCGCAAGUUACUAUGACCUCGCGAAUCCCAACGACGCGAAGGACGUAGUGAAGAGUCGCAUCUGGUCUUAUGAUAAUCCCACUGGCGGCUUCCGGGAGAUCAAGGACUAUUUGAGCUUCUAUGCGGGACCUUGGGAUUGUUACGUGGAUGGCGAGAAGGUGGUGCCGCAGCCUGGUGACUUUUAUGGUGGGUGGACGACGAGCGAUAUUGAUACAAGUCAUGUCAAAGGCGCACCAGGCACCAGGCAUUGGUGAUAGCGCAUCUUAAGUGGGUGUCGGAGCUCAUUGCAAACAUGAUUUACGUAUAUACAUCUGGUAUUGGGACUCUUGCGUUUUGCUUUUUCGCGUCUUCAUUUCCAAUUACACCCCAACAUCA